GUCAUUUCUAUUUGCUCUAUCCUAGGAAUUACUUUGGAAAAAAAAGAGCAAAAUGUUGCUCUAAGGAGAAGGGGGAAAGAAAGAAAAUGGGUUCUGAGGUGAAAACUGGAAAAAGAGAGCCAACAUAAAAGAUCAUUAUUUAUUUAUUUUCACUAAUUUAUGUGUCAGAUGAAGCUGAAAGCUGCCAGAUAGCUUCUUUUCGACAGCUUGAAGUUACUGUUGGGAACAGAUCCAUGUAUGGAAGCAAAAGCAGAAAAGCACAGAUAAGCUGAGAUCCAGCUAUGCAAACCAUCUUUAGAGACACUUAAAGGACAAGCACCCCAGCUCCUUUCUUUCUCGUAAAUUCAGAGACACUAUCAUACAAGGGCUUUUUUUCCAUUUGCUUUACUCACAACCGCUGAGACUCGGCUGGGGUUAAGGACAUUUAGAACCUGUUCAGUGGAAGUGGCCAUGUCGCAAGCAACUCACCCACCCACCUUCCCAGAGAGCUUCCAACUCUUGAGCCUUGUUCUGGUUUUGCUUUUCCAUGCAGAUAGCAUACAUGCGGAAAGCCCCAGUGAAUUGCCUGUGAAUGACACCGAGGAGUGCGCUGGCUCAUACAUCUGCAAAAAGGGUGUGAUUUUACCAAUAUGGGAACCCCAAGACCCCUCUUUUGGUGACAAAAUUGCUCGAGCAACAGUGUAUUUUGUUGCGAUGGUGUAUAUGUUCUUGGGAGUAUCCAUCAUAGCUGACCGCUUUAUGUCCUCCAUUGAAGUCAUUACAUCCCAAGAGCGGGAAAUAACCAUCAAGAAGCCCAAUGGCGAGACCAGCAAAACCACAGUGAGGAUCUGGAAUGAGACUGUUUCCAAUCUCACACUGAUGGCAUUGGGAUCAUCAGCACCUGAGAUACUCCUGUCUGUUAUCGAAGUGUGUGGCCAUGGUUUCACAGCAGGGGACUUGGGGCCAAGCACAAUUGUGGGGAGUGCUGCAUUUAACAUGUUUGUCAUCAUUGCGAUCUGUGUUUACGUUGUUCCAGAUGGAGAGAUAAGGAAGAUCAAGCAUUUGCGAGUGUUUUUUGUUACAGCAGCCUGGAGCAUCUUUGCCUACACUUGGCUUUACAUUAUUUUAUCUGUGUCUUCUCCCGGGAUUGUGGAGGUUUGGGAAGGCUUGCUCACCUUCUUCUUCUUCCCUAUCUGUGUGGUGUUUGCCUGGAUAGCUGACAGGAGGCUUUUAUUUUACAAGUAUGUCUACAAGAAAUACCGAGCUGGCAAGCAGAGAGGCAUGAUCAUUGAGCAUGAGGGUGACCGGCCCUCCUCUAAAGCUGAUAUUGAGAUGGAUGGAAAGGUUGCUAAUUCUCAUGUGGAGAACUUUUUGGAUGGGACACUGGUGUUGGAGGUAGAUGAGAAAGACCAGGAUGAUGAGGAAGCCAGGAGGGAAAUGGCUCGGAUUCUGAAGGAGCUGAAACAAAAACACCCCGACAAGGAAAUUGAACAGCUUAUAGAGUUGGCCAACUACCAGGUCCUGAGCCAGCAACAGAAAAGCAGAGCCUUUUACCGUAUUCAGGCCACUCGGCUUAUGACAGGAGCUGGCAACAUCUUGAAGAGACAUGCUGCAGACCAGGCCCGCAAAGCUGUCAGCAUGCAUGAGGUCAACAGUGAGGUGGCAGAAAAUGAUCCCAUCAGCAAGCUCCACUUUGAGCAGGGUACCUACCAGUGUCUGGAGAACUGUGGCACUGUUGCUCUGACCAUCAUUCGCCGGGGAGGCGACUUGACAAACACAGUGUAUGUUGAUUUCCGGACAGAGGAUGGGACAGCCAAUGCUGGCUCUGACUAUGAGUUCACUGAAGGGACAGUGGUCUUCAAGCCUGGAGAGACCCAGAAAGAAAUCCGUGUUGGCAUAAUCGAUGAUGAUAUUUUUGAGGAGGAUGAAAACUUCCUGGUCCAUCUCAGCAACGUCCGUGUGAGCACUGAGGUCUCAGAUGAGGGCAUUCUGGAGGCCAGUCAUGUCUCAACACUUGCCUGCUUGGGAUCACCAUCUACUGCCACUGUCACCAUCUUUGACGAUGACCACGCUGGCAUCUUCACCUUUGAGGAGCCAGUAACACAUGUCAGUGAAAGUGUGGGGACCAUGGAAGUGAAAGUGUUGCGAACCUCUGGUGCACGAGGAAAUGUUAUUGUGCCCUACAAAACUAUCGAAGGCUCAGCAAAAGGUGGAGGAGAGGACUUUGAAGACACCUGCGGGGAGCUGGAGUUCCAGAAUGAUGAGAUAGUCAAAACGAUAUCAAUCAAGGUGAUAGAUGAUGAGGAAUAUGAGAAAAACAAGACCUUCUACCUAGAGAUCGGGGAGCCCCGGCUGGUCGAGAUGAGUGAGAAGAAAGCCCUGUUGUUGAAUGAGCUUGGUGGCUUCACCAUCACAGGGAAACUCUGGAAGGGCAAACCUGUCUUCAGGAAGGUCCAGGCUAGAGAUCAUCCUCUUCCUUGCACCAUGGUCACCAUUCAAGAGGAGAAUGAAGAAAAGCAGCCACUCACCAGCAAGGAGGAGGAAGAGCGUCGAAUCGCGGAAUUGGGGCGCCCAGUCCUGGGGGAGCACACCAAGCUAGAAGUCAUCAUUGAGGAAUCCUACGAGUUCAAGAACACAGUGGACAAGCUUAUUAAGAAGACAAACCUGGCCCUGGUGGUUGGCACAAACAGCUGGAGAGAGCAGUUUAUAGAGGCUAUUACUGUCAGCGCAGGGGAAGAUGACGAUGACGAUGAAUGUGGGGAGGAGAAGCUGCCCUCCUGUUUUGAUUACGUGAUGCACUUUCUGACCGUCUUCUGGAAGGUUCUUUUUGCCUUCGUGCCCCCAACAGACUACUGGAAUGGCUGGGCUUGCUUUGUUGUCUCCAUCCUUAUGAUUGGCCUCCUGACAGCUUUCAUCGGUGAUCUGGCAUCCCACUUCGGCUGCACCAUUGGUUUGAAGGACUCAGUGACUGCAGUCGUGUUUGUUGCACUGGGGACAUCGGUACCAGACACGUUUGCCAGCAAAGUAGCAGCGACGCAGGACCAGUAUGCAGAUGCUUCCAUUGGGAAUGUCACUGGGAGCAAUGCUGUGAAUGUUUUCCUGGGCAUCGGGGUAGCUUGGUCCAUCGCAGCCAUUUACCAUGCAGCACACGGACAAGCCUUCCAAGUCUCACCUGGCACCCUGGCCUUCUCCGUCACCCUCUUCACUAUUUUUGCUUUUAUCAGUGUGGGAGUGCUGCUUUACCGGCGAAGACCAGAGAUUGGAGGUGAGCUAGGCGGGCCGCGGACUUCCAAGCUGCUCACAACCUCACUCUUUAUCCUCCUCUGGCUCUUGUACAUAUUCUUCUCCUCUCUGGAAGCCUACUGCCACAUAAAGGGCUUCUAAAGGGACAAGCAGAGAUAGUAAAAAUAUAUAUAUCUAUACAUAUCUAUAUAGAGUGUUAUAUAGGUAUAGAUAUAGAUAUAGAUAUAAUGCUGUGUAUAAUGAACAGAGAAAGAAUAAAAGAGAUUUACCAUGUUCACACACCUGCUGAUGGAAAGCGGCUUUGGACCAUCCUUUGAACUAGGCAGGACCCCAAAGCCAGCAGGACCCCUCCCUGGACAGCAGCCCCAGCCAGGGGCCCAGCGGCAGGGCCUUCUCCGCAAUCCUACCAACAUGAACAGCUGAUAGCCACUGAGCCCUUUACCAUCACUUUCUCCCACCUGUCGCCUCCCUGGGAGGAUGGAUGCAAAGGUGACUGGAGCACCUCAGUACAGGGGAAGGCCAGAGCAGCUGGUGAGAAGCAGAGCAGUGGGCGAGGGAAAGAGAGGAAAGCAAGGGUCCUGAUUUCCGACCACCAUUCGCCUGCCUUCACCAUUCAGGAAUGUCCUCUCUGGCCAUGUUGAAGAGAGUCAAGAGACCAGACUGAAGACAAGCAGAAACUGGGAGCUUUCUAAGGAAAGAACACAAACCGUUUUCAUCAUUGUUUUGGGAUUGGGUUUUUUUUUUGUUGUUUUGGCUUGUGUACAACUAGCUUUCCUUUCCCCCCCCUCCUCCUCCCCUGUUCCCCCCCUGCUUCCAUGCCCCUUGCCUCCCACCCCCUGUGCUUCGGGCUUGCACAGCCACAACCUUAUGUCCAAUGUCCUAAGCCGAGGCUACAUGGAGUGGCAGGGGCUUUCCUCCUGCCUCAUCUGCCUCCUCAGGCAUGCUGUCAUGGUACUUGUAACAUGUGCAUGAAUGAAAUGAACCCUAUCUGUAUAUAGCAUCCUAUAGCGAUAGUCCUUCCAGCCAUGCAGGUUGAGAAUUGCAGAUUCAAGUGUUUUCUUUUCACUCAGUUUUAUUUAUUUUAAUUAGUUUAGUUUCCCCAGAGGUUUGUGGGGUUUUUUGUUGGUUAUUUUUGGUUUCUUCUUAGUAGGGGUAAAAGGAGGGAAAGCCGUCCCCAUUUAUUGCUCCACAAGAAGCAGUAACAGCUGUGCAGAUGUAGGUUUUCAUGGGGAGGAAAACAUACACCCCAGGUACUGUAGGUUCUGCUCCCUUGUGUGGUCGGGGUCUUCCCCACGGCCAGUCCAGAACAUGCUGAAGGGUUCCACCAUCGAGGGGGUUUUGCACAAGGUCCCAGGAAGCGAGGAGGAUGAGCAGCAUCCAAGCCCAAGGGGACUGAGCAUGGCUGGCUCCCAGCACCGCUCCUGCCUCUGCUUUUAUAGCCCAUGGCCGCCUCAGAACUCCUUGGCCCCCUGGUAUGCCCUGUGUCCCAGAAGUCUAGUGACAGCUCUUGUUUCUGAGCACUAAGCCAUCAGGAUCAGUCCUCAAAGCUGGUCCUUUCCCACAGCCAUCUGGAGGCAGAGUAAUUCAGUGUAAGGGCUGAAGGGCCCUAACAAGAUCUCCCACACCACUAAGUAUGACUGGGAAGCAUGCUCCAAGGAAAAAGGAUACAUUUUGCACUGUCCAAAUGUGAAGUUGAUGGGAAGGAUGAGGCAGCGAGGUGUAACUGAGCAUCACCCCUCAACUCCAGCAGUGCAGUGCAAGCUGGGGCAGCGAGCUACACCUGGGUGCAGUGCCGGGGUGACACUGUGCAGUGGUGUUGUGAGAGGUCUCCUCUCCAUACGUCUUUUACCAGACUUCCUUGUGCCCCAGCCACACAAACACCCGGUCUGCACAUCUACUGGUGAGCUCUUCCCACCCAGCUGAAAACCACAUCUGAAGCUUGCACCAUAGCCGAUUUGGAGUAUUUGUAGUUAUUUUGAACAAUCUGCGAAAAUUUUAAUUAACCUAUUAUAAGAUUUUCUCUAAGAGUAUGAAGUUGUGAGGUUGAGGGUUUUUUUUGUCUUCUCAAGCCUUUUUUCACUUUUGAUGGUUUUGGGGGGUUCUUUUUGUUUCUCAUUGGUUUGUGGGAAGAAUCCAAUAUAGGCACAGGUUGUUCAGGUUUAUGAUUACCUUUAUGUACAAUGAUUUUGUUUCAUCUCUUUGGUUUUAUUGAUUUUUCUUUGUGUGUAUUUCCCACCACUAUAGGCAGUGAGUCCACUAAUUGUGAUGAUCCUUAUCAAUGGUACACAAUGCACAGACAAAUAAAGUUUGUAAUGAUCCCCGAUGGAUCCAGUGGUGCUCCUGCAUAUUCUCUGUGGAAAACCCUUCCUUACCCUCUCAUUGCAUCCAUCUCUUAUUUACUCAUUUGUUUGCCUUUGCUGUGUUUCAUUGACAGGGGGCAACAGUGCCUCUGCAUGGCCUCUCUUGCCCCAUAGCACAGCUUUCCUCCCACUCCAUCUCCAUUAUGCCUCAGGCUUGGUGGGCUCACAGCCCACCCAGCUCUCAGGGGGGAUGCAGGAAUUGCCCAGGGAAAAAGAUGCAGUGCAACCCUUCUGGGGCCAGGAGCUGCCCCUGUGCUGAGUCUGUUGAUUUGCCCUGGACUCAUGGAGAGCCAUGCGUGUGCUGCCAAGGUACUGAGAGGCUCUUUCUGCUUGUGUCUUCUAGUUAUACAGAACUGCUCCUGCUCUUGUUCCAGCCUCACAGUGACUCGUGCUAGAUUAAGCCACUAGCUAACCAUAAGUGGGAAUGUAAGAGAUGCAUUAUGAGGGCAGAGGCCAUGGGUGCAAAAGCAGAUCUGAGACAUCCCCACAAGGUCACCAGACAAAUCGAGAGCUUGGACAGCUACCUGCCCAUGCCCCAGUCCAGGUGCCACAGGCUAUUUCUGGCCAUGUGGCUCCAUGGAGCUCAGCCAGCACUGAGGAGGAGACAAGUGUCUACACACCCAGGGAUGUUGCUCCUCCCUGUGGUUCAUCCGGUAUCUGUUGAGCUGUCCUCAAAUAAACCCUCCCCAUAAUAUUUCCAAGGUCCCGCUCUGACAACUGAACUCAAACACAAGCUCCAGAGAUGGGUCCCAGGCCACUGCUGCCUUUGUCUCACAAGGCUUUCCCUGCUCCUCCCAGUGAAGUGCUUGUUCCUGGAGUCCUGUCUGUGCUCUGCCACCUCUGCACUGCAAGGUCAGGAUGGAGCUGCUUAGGCUGCAGCUAACAGCAGCAUCUGACUUUCAAGACCCAGGCUAGAAAUGUGCCACCAAGCAAAAAGAGAGGGUAGGAGGUAACUGAUAUUGUUGCAGCGUGACUGCAUCGGUAGAUGCCCAGAGGCAGUAAAAUGCCCAUCUGCCAGUGUGAGGGUAUGUGUAGCAAAGCAGCAUGUAACUAUCACACCGUGGCAGACAGGAUUUAACACAAUCUUUCGGCUGCUCUCACCCAAACCUGGCGCUCCCCACACCCUGUAUUGCUUUAUUGUCAGCCACACCACCAGUCUCACUCAGAGUCUCUGAGGGUGCUCAGCCCCAGGAAAACACAGCCAGUCACAUCCGUGUGCUUUUACCAGGCAGUGAAUUAUGAAAGCAAAGCAUCUGUCCUGACUCAGGAAUUGCAUCUACCAAAAGGUGAUGGUAGUUUACUCUCAUCAUUUUCUUCUUCAGAAUGAAUUGCAGUCACUGAAGUCAUUAACAACACAAAGAGGACCUGUGUAGCAGCUUCAUUUAACAGGCAGUAAAUAACUGUUCUGCUCACAGAGCUCUCCAAAGGGAAUGAUGGAGCGUUUCUUGCCUAAAUGACACAGUAAACACCAGCCUUGUUUAUGUAAUUAUUCUCCACCAGCCAUGUGCUUUUUGGCAUCUUUAAUGAGCUUAUGCAAAGUGUCAUACGUAUUUGCACAGCUGAGGCAACCAUCUUGCCAUGCUGGUGAGGGGAAGGACCACUCCACCCGUCCCUGGCCACGCACUUGUGUUCAUAAGGGUGUAAAUGUCUGCUCUUCUGCGCUAACGUUGUCUUUAAAGCAAACUUUCCAAAGCAAAAGCAAACUGCCCUCCUUCCUGAGGCACCCAGCAGCAUGCUUGCCCAGGACUGCACAAGGGAGCGUAGCCCCUGGUGGUGGGCACAUCUUGCCCACAUGCCUGUCUGAGUUGUGGGGCACAGCCCAGCUCCCCAGGCCUCCAUCUGGUGCCAGUGCUCUCCCAUCUCUUUCAUGUCCCUGCCAGCCUCCCUUACAAAAGAAAGGUAUUGAGCAUCUCCCAUAAAGCCCUGGGCACAGGGAGGCUGUCAGAAACAGCACUUCAAGCCCUAGGCCUCCAUCCAUCCACCUGUCCCAGUUGUGGUCACCCACUCUUAUCACCCCACUAGCCAAAGGCAAACCUUUCCAUGGAAGAGGAUGCAGCACAGUGCAAAGGAUGAAUAACUCCCUUGUUUCCAAACAACACACCCACCUUUGUGUCCCCCAUUCCCAGGCAGCCUGUGGUGCCCCUGGGGUUAGGGGAGAUUGCAAGAGUCAUUUGUACAUCCUUCUUCACUGCUUUCAUCACUUCAUUAAGGACAAAAAGGAAAAGAGAGGCUUUGAGCUCUUUCUGUUCACAAGUCUGCAUGCAGGCUAUAAACUUACCCUGCUAUUUCUGCUACAGGCCUGGAGGGGAGAACCAGAGCCUAUGUUAUAUAGUUACAGCUGCCUUUAAAUUCUUAGGUAAGAAUCAAGAGCUGUACUGGGGGCCCGUAUAUCAAAGGAGGAGGCUCAGUUGCAUACCCAGAGAGGACAGAGCUGAGUGUCAUGAAAAGAAAGUGACGAGGAGAGUGAGAAGAGGGAAAACUUAAUGCUGUGUUAUUCUGGGAGAGACACUGGCAUUAUUUUUCUGUAGGCUUUGGCACCUGAGCACAGCUGGGGAAUCAUGUUUACGGAGCACUGAGAACAUCUCUGGCUUCUCUGAGCAUGUGAUGAUCAACCACACAUGCAUACGUAUGCACAGCACAGCUGCAGAAAAUUCUAUUUAUCUUGUAAAACUUGGCUUAAGCAGGAAAGUAUUCAGAGGCAUUUGUAUUCUUGCAAAAAGCACCAAGGAACAAUAAAUACAUUGCAAUUCCUCACCUUUUAAGGACCUGAGCCUUCCUCCUUUUGAAAUCAGAGGUGCCAAGAGCCUCUCACCAGCCAGCAACAUCCUUCACAAAGAGGGAAGGGACACAGGGAAGGAAGAGGGUACUGUCUGGCCAAGCAGGAGCUGUUAUCAGCAAAGACAGACAGAAGACUGCUUUUACUAGAAGGAUUUUCUGUCUACAGCAUGGCUAUGAGAGCAUCCAAGGGGUCUCUACAGGGCGUUGUUGUCUCUCUAAAGCAUCCUGAGAAUGGCCAGCCCUGCCCCCAGGGUGGUUCAUGGCUCUCUCCUGCAGGCCCUGCACCUUUCCACAUUCCCAAGGUAAACACCAUCUUGGCUCUCCCCUUCCUAGACGCGUGAAAGAGGGCACUGGGAUGCACAUGGUUCCCAAAGCAGGUGCUGCAGAGCUGGGCCAUUGACCAGGUGUUGCUGGUGGGAUAUCUAGUAGGAGACAGCACAGGGAAGGGAGAAGUGCCAUGGGGUCCUACCCAGACCUGGAAACUCUGGUUUAGACACCACUGCCACAACAUGUCCCCUCACCCCGGCUGUUGUGGCUAAAGACCUGCAUGUUAAUUUCUGUACAGCUACAGCACAGCCUCCAGCUUUUUUGGCUGUCCGUAUAUACCAAUGCCAGGCGAUGUUUUUAUCUAUGUGAUUCAAAGUAGCCCCUGAUCUGUUGUAACUGCACUACAACAGCUCUCCAUCCCCUCCAGCACACUGCCCCACACCUCUAACAGUUCUAGGCAGUGGUGGGAAGUAAUGCACGAGGAGCAUAUGAAAUUAUGCCUGUUGUAUCUUCAUUUGUUUACCCCAUGUUGCUUCCUUCGUCUUCCAAGCUCCUGAGAAAAUGAAAAACGCAGAAAACCAUGCAGGAGAUAUGCUUGUCUUGCUCUUAAUCAGGAAACAUGCACUACUUCUAGGAGCUCUAGAGAGCCAAAGAUUGUGAUAAUAACUUUUACAUUACAGUCACUAUCUUAGUAAAAAAGAAAAUGUUAUUUUUUCCCUGACAACAACUCAACUUUUGACAAUGCAUCCAACUUCUUUUUUUUCCAUAAUGCAUUAAGCAUUAUAGGAGGCACAGCUCUGCAAAUAACUGAGCUUUCAAGAUUACCUGUUGAGGACAUUGUUCAGCAAUCCAGCAUAAUGGUUUUAUUUGUGGAUGGAGGGGAGAAGUUGGUGAAUUUUCCCAAUCUUCCUAGUUCCUGAUGGAAGAAAUGCAUACAUGCUAAAAGCCACAAAAUGCUGAGCUCGGUAAAAUGCAGUCCUCUCUAUCCUGAGUCUCUGUGCCAAAGAGAUGUGGUGUGAGGUUGUAAAAUUUAAACCAUUACUUCAUGAAGACCACUCAGCAGUGAUGGGCAUCUUUAUACCUAACACUGCCCCUAGGAUAUCCAGAGAGGACUCUGGUACACCUGGUAUUCACCAGGUGUGAGCAUCACCAUCAGUCAAGCCAGAAGGACACAGAGGAUACCAUGUGCUACUUCCCUUUUGGGAUAUUCCCAAGCCCAUGGGAUAUUCCCAACAAGAAGCAGUCAGACUGCCAGGGAGCAAAGCUGUCACCAGGAAACUCCAUGCAAUGCUAUGGGCUUGGGGAAGUGUGGCUGGAAACCUACCCAGCAGAAAGGGAUCUGAGGGUGGUGGUCGACAGCCAGCUGAAUGACCCAGCAGCGUGCCCAGGCAGCCAAGAAGGCCAGCAGCAUCCUGGCUUGCAAUGGUCUGGCCAGCAGGACCAGGGAAGUGAUUCUACCCCUGUACUCAACACUGGUGAGGCUGCACCUCGAAUGCCGUGUUCAGUUUUGGGUCUCUCAUUACAAGAAAGACAUGGAGGUGCUGGAGCAUGUCCAGAGGAGGGCAACAAAGCUGGUGAAGGGGCUGGAGUACAAGUGUUAUGAGGAGUGGCUGGGGGAACUGGGGUUGUUUAGCCUGGAGAAAAGGAGGCUGAGGGGAGACCUUAUCCUUCUGUACAACUACCUGAAGGGAGGUUGUAGCAAUGUGGGGUUUGAUCUGUUUUCCCAAGCAACAAGCGACAGGUCAAGAGGAAGUGGCCUCGAGUUGCACCAGGGGAGGUUCAGGUUAGACAUCAGGAAAAUUUUCUUUACCAAAAGGCACUGGCAGAGGCUGCCCAGGAAGGUGGUUGAGUCCCCAUCCCUGGAGAUGUUUAAAGAACAUGUAGGUGUGAUGCCUAGGGACAUGGCCUAGUGGUGGACUUUGCAGUGUCAGAUUAAGGGUUAGAUCUUAAAGGUCUUUUCCAACCUAAGCAAUUCAGUUACUCAAUGAUUCUAUGAAAGGUCCCAUGUCUCAAAGGCAGUGGGUUCUCUGUGGGACUUUCUCCUCAGUGCUCUUUGCACCGCUGCCACAGCAGGCAGCAGGCAGAGCCACUCAAGGCCCAGUAUCCUGAAGGCAGAGCCAAAGGAAAAGCUGCCCAUGCUUGUUCAUGUGAGCAUCAGCCUCGGUUUCUGCCAGAGAGGCCUGCAGGGGGUGGCCUUAAUAUACCAAAGAAGAGGUAAAUGAGAUGGGAAUUAGUAAAAAAUAAAAAAUGGCAGUAGCGGUAAUUUAGAACUGUUGCUAAUUUUUCCCUGUAAUCAAGGGGUCUGGUUAUCUCAACACUUGAGUGACAACUCCUGUUCUCAAAAGCCAUUUCCACACACUUGAAACAUGGGGAAAGUAAACUGCUUCUCUUUCUAGAGUAGAAAACAGACUGUUGCUAUGAGCUUGGAGAGGACAAGAAAAUCAUAUGCCUUGGCAGAGAUGUAAUUCAAAUCAGAAGCUUCUUCUACUGUCUCACUCAGGGGUGGAGGGACACUCAGGCAAGGAGCUGGCAGUCUGUCCCAGGGAUGCUGGAUGCUCCCCGUGGGUGAGACAGCUCAGGGGCUUUCUGUAACAGCAGGAUGCAGAAGGGAAAGAGCUCGAAGUGACUUGCUGGUCCUAAAAAGCAAGGGAAAUGGCUAAUGGCUAGAUGCCCCUCCAUGAGGCAUGGUAGGCAGCAGGCAUGUUGUGCUGGGGCACAGAUAACACCCACAAGGGUAACCUAUGCCAGGGUCGUGGGUAGAAAUGGAACUGCCAAGGCAAGACUGUCCUCUGGUAUUUUUUAUGUGCUCCAAAAGAGAUGGAUUAUGCUUUCCUGCUCCCCUCUGACAGCAGCCACUGUAGCCCAUGCUCAGCAGCAGGAGGGUAUCUACCCCAUUGCCCUAGCAGCAGCACAGGUGAGGCAGGCAACAAGGCUGCAACCACUCCUCCUGCUGCACCCAAAGCAUCAGUCAGCCCAACCACCCACCAUGGUCACCCCCACAUCCUGUGUCACCCAUCAUCCUGUGUGUCAUCCCCUUCACUGAGAGGAGAGAGAGAGAGAUCUCCAACAGCCUGACACGCCACUUGGUACCCCUGCUGGGGCCUGGGCAGACAGCCCCCAGCUGGGCAGAGCCGAAUUUUCCCAAAGCAGGGCUGAAAGGAGAGUUUGCAGAAGAACUGGCUUGCCUGGAGACAGAAACCAGAUUAUGGGUCAUAAAUUCAACCUCUUCUUCCCUCUGCCAUCCGCACCAGGAACUGGCACUGCCCUGUCAAUGCGAAGCCCCUGCACCAGUGGGCAAAACCUGAGGGUCGCCCCUAGGCUCAGCAGCUGAAGCCUCCUGAUCUCUGUCUCUCUCGUGGUUCCUCUUAGGUUCAAUGGCACAAUGCAGCUACGCUAUUUGAAAAGCCAUAAUAUUUGUUGGUACGACUCUUUUCUUAUUGUUGAUUUAUAUAUAUUUGUUGGUAAAAGAGGUCAUCUUGGGAGACACUUGUAGUUUACUGGGAAUCCAACACUGUAUAUUGUGUACAUGCUGUAUAAACAAAAUGAAAUAUUUAAAUCAAAAUGUUCAGUGGACUUUGGUCGCACAUGCUGGGAGGGGAGGUUGGGACCAGCCAAGUGCCCUCCUUGGGCCACCAUGGCUCAGGCUUGGGGUCCCUGGCAGUCACUAUCUCACUGGGGUCCUAGCCAAAACCCAGGGCAGGAUAUGGACAUGGUGCAAGGGCAAAGCCAGCAGCUCCCUGGCUGCUUUUCCCCAUGCGAAGGUGAAAGGAGGCAACUUUGCAGGCAAAAGUGGCCACACUUGAUCUCCUUCAUGGGGGUAAAUCACAGGACCAAGUUGGGCUUUGCUGGUCAUAUCCUCUAAAUGCAGUGAGCCUGGCAUCACCCAUCCACUGCCCCCAACUCCUGCCCAGCGUGGAAACCCUCCGGCUGCCACCCAGUGCAACAUCUCCAAGCCUUAUGGUCAGAAAGAGAUGACUCCCUGCAGGGGAUGUCCAGAGACAGCAGAGCCUAGCUCUGAGCAUCCAGCUCCUCCAACUUGUUUCCAUGCUAAUCACAUGUGAUGGCACCAGCCGCUCUCCCCAGCGCAUUUAACAACAGUGACAAGCUGUGAUCUUCUAACCUAACACACGCUGUUAGAAAACCUGUUUCAUAUUUUCCAUGGUAUCAAUCUAUAACUUUUGAAAUCAUUGGAGACAGUUGUAGUAGCCUAAAAAUUGUGCUGAGCUCAUAUAUUUUUAUAUUUGUGGUGUUUUCCUAUUAAUAGAGAUUAGUGAACCAGUAACCCUAUAGCUGAAAGUGAACCAUUCAAAAAAAAUAUGACUGCAGAAAAUAUUUGUAAAAAUAAUUUAUUUGAAAUAUUCUGCCAAAGAUAGCUAAUGAUCUGUAAAACAUUGUUUCUCUCUUUUUGCUCUGAAUGUCAUUGUGAAAGUACCUUUCUCCCUGCUAUCCUUUGAAGAUUUGCUUUUUUUUAACUUUAAGGGCAAAGAAAUACACCAAUGAUUUUUUUUUACGAUAGCAGUAAAUAGAGUAGUAGGAAGACAUGAGACAACUUUACAAUGGUAAUAAAUGAGAUCCAGUAACAAUCACUAUAAAAAUCUGGUUUCUCCUCUGGUGGACAGAUGGAUUUUGUAGCCUGAGAUGGUUUUCUAGCAGGAAGGUCUUAGCUGUGACUCCUGUUGCUGCUGUGUGUCUUGCCUGAAGGAGAGAGAUCUCCUUGACCACCAACCUGCAGGCUCAGGGCAUUUGGACCCCCCAACCCCCCGCAGGUGACUUCUGCCUCUUUGUUAUUUAUUAUUUAGCCCUUAAUAGGCCCUGUGGCAAGUGGGUAACCUUCACUCAGGCCUUUGCAGGCUUCACCCUAACAAGGUCUGGCUUCCUCCAAAGCCAUCCUUGCAGUGCACCUGAUAUGUAUAGCAGCCCCAGAUCAACAGCAGAAAAAAUCCUGCUAACAGUCAAAUAAGUCCCCUUCCCUACAGGGGGAGAGGGGCAGGGGAAUGCCAGUCACCAUGCGACAUGAUGACGUGAUACUUCAUCAAGACUGUCAGUCCCUGCAGUAUGCGGUUAAACAGGGAGAUACCCUUUACCUAUGAGAAGCUGCCCAGACCAGCCUGUUCAGAAAUUACAAAUCUUUUUUUUAUUUUCUUAAUAGAGAAAAAUCUUAUUUCCAUGCUUGAUUUCUUCCUCUUGAAAGAAAUUUUCAGUGCUAGAAAAAGUCUUCAUUAUCUUCUGAGAUCCCCAAGUCUGUUGCAAUGGAAAUACAUCCUCAGACACAUCUGUUAGGCUCCACCAUAUCAGAGAGAUUUUUGGCUCAGUUUUUUUUUUCUUUUUUUUUUUUUCUCUUCUGAGGAGAUUCACAGUUUCUUAAAUUUAUUGCUUGUAAAGAUCCAGAGGUAUUAAUGGGAGAUAAAGAAAUGAGGGCCCUAUUCCAGUGAAUGGGCUCCCAUGUGCAAUUCAACUUUUGACUCACUGAAAGACAUCCAUGCGUGUAAGUUCUUUAUUGGAUGGGCAUCCGGGAACAGAGGUAUGAAAUGCAGUUUCCAAGCCAUGGGGUGGGACCAGGUGUGAGGGGAGCACUGCCACCCAUCCGGUACAGGUGUCACACAACAGUGCAGCAAAGCAUGUGGCAAAGGCUGCAGCUGUGGGAACCAUAGGCUGGCAAAUUUUUGUUCCUCUGUGAAUGAGUUCUAUGAAUCCAGGGUUACACAGCAGCUGCAUCACAGGGAAAUGCAAGCAAGCCAGGGAAGUCGAUUGUGAGAAGAAUUGGGAUUCUGAUCACUGUGCAUUUCGUUAAUUAGUGAAUUUGAAUAGUUUUAUUUUUACCAAAAACAGAUAAUAUUUAUUCCAGUAAAGACAACUGUUGAGAGAGAGAGGUAUUAAUUAUUUGAAUGGUAUGUCUUGUUCCUCUAUAUACAUAAAAUGGAAACAUGUUGCAAGUUGUGUCAUUCUAAUGUACAAAAUAAAUUACUUUUCCCUGCAUGCUGCCUGGGUAUGUUGUGAUUUGAAUUAAGAGUUACAUUUGAAUUGCCUUAUUCAAGAGGUUGUAUGUUACCUAACUGAUGAAUGAACUGGCACUAUUCAUCACAUUACAUGCGUACUUGAUGCUGUGUUAUGUCAAAUUCAGAUGAGUUGUCUGUCAUCUAUGUAUUUUGUGGGAGACAUUUUAUCUUGUUAAACUGUGAUAUGUAAACCUCUCAUUGCCUGAAUAGUCAGAGUUGCAUAUAUCCGUGUCUUCAGCUGUUUUCCUGAUUUUAUCACAUUUCCUAACACAAAAUAUAGACGUUUGUAAAUUCUUCAUUCAUUUUGUCUAUUUUUAUGUACAAGUCUUUUUUAAUCCAGGAAGGGAGUAAGAUAAGGCAGCUUCUACAGAAUUUUCCAGUCAAGGCUCAGUUACACUUCUAUUCCUCAGCAAGAUUCAACAACCAAUUUUCAGCAGCUACAACUGGAAUUAGGGACGCAUGUUUAUUGCCAUUAUUUUUUCUGGCUCAAAUGGGCUAUUAUCACUGCAGAACACAAUUAUACCUGGCAAGCCAUGAGUGAUACUUUUGUGGCGACAGCUCUCUGGUGGCCAGGUGUUCUGUAGCGACAUCUUCAGGCCCCAUACCUCUGCCGUGCCACAGGCUGAGUGGGAAGGGAGAGGGCAGAUUUCCCUGACACAGCCAGACGUCCUUGCCACAGCCAGCCAGCCAUGAAGAGAGGGGAGAGAUGCUGCUUACUAAUACUUGCUCCAAAGUGCUUUUUCUCCUUACACAAGGCAUCCCAAGACAGUGCCAUCUGCCCUCCUGCAUGACACCCCAGCCAUAAAACUGCAUGCUGCCCAUUCACUGGCUGCAGCACAUCUCUGAAGACCAACAUCCCAUCCUGACACUGUGUUGUGCGAAAACCCCUGUGGCGGUUGUUUCUGCAGUGUCUGCUGAAACCACAGGUGGGCUCUUUUCCAGCUUCAGUUUCCAGCCAUGGCAUCAUAUUACUCCACAGCUGGUUAACAGCAAUGUGCUCCCCCAGACAGCGGGGGAGCACACCUGUAUCAUGUACAGGUCAAGUCCUCUGGAAAACGUGCCACGCUGCUGAUGGUAGCAGUACAAGGUAGACACAAACCUAUUUCAGCGGCAGUGUGACACAAGAGGUGACCCAAUACCCAAUGUUCAGCAGCUCUGCUAUGCCACCCCUCUUGUACCCCCCAGACACAGCUACUGUGUCGCUUGGCUGCAGCACUGUGUGGCCAAGAAACAGGGCUGCUUGGGGACAUGUUCCCAGAAGGCCAGCUUCAGCUCUCAGUUGACUGCAGUAUUUCUGGGCAUUUUUCCCUUCCAUGCUUAAAAUGCCAAACAAAGCAGUUGUCAAGAACGUUAAAACAUUCCUAUCAGAACCAGCACAGUCCCUGCUCAGUUGUACAGGUGCCACAAUAUCCUAAACACAAGAAACAUAAAUGUUUCAAUCAUCUGGAACCACAGAGGUGCCUCAGUCACAGCAUAAAAGCCCCACCAUGCUCUGCCAUCCCUCCAGUUUUUGACUGUCACUGUGUAACUGCACUGCACGAAAUGCUGGCCAUUCUCAUCUCUAGUAACCAUACAAGCACAUGGUCAGAGAAGUAAAUUCCUGGAGCAGAACAAGCUUUUGUCCUGGGUUACUGAUUUGCUUUACAGGGCUUCAAGUGCUAAA